UUGUGAUGCUUGUCACUGAAAGUAUUUUGGUAAGUACAGAUGGAGUUAAAUCUUUCACUAUUAGAAACAGAGGAAACUGAGAUCACUGAAUUCCAUCAUGAAAUAGAUACUGAUGCUGAGCCAAGGAUUGGAAGUGACUCAGUUCAGGUGGUUUACAUAACUGUAGGCUGAUCUACACAGGAUUCCUGACUCCUAGCUGGAAUCUUUUAACCAAAGGUCCCACCCUCAUGCAAAGUGCACCUUUCCUUUACCCGUGCGCUAUCCCCUUUGGGGGUCCUGCUUUGGAAAAACUACCCCAGGUAGCAACUUGUUUCAAAGCAGAUAUAUGCCAGGUAUCAUUCAAAGCCAGGUCAAUCUUAUCUGUUGAAAUAGAUCAACAGCACAUGACAGGGGUUUGGGGACCCCCUACUCAUGCUUCAGAUUUCAGCACAAACUUUCCGUCCUCAGAGAAGGCUUCUCCGGCCUCUCCAAGGUCAACUCUGUCUACCUAAACUCUCCUUUAUUUAGCAUGGUCAGUUGUCAUUACAUAUAUUUUGUAUGUUACUAUCUGGUUAAUGGUCACCUGACUUGUUACCGUUUAAGUUCCUUAAGGAUAGAAUCCGUGUCAAUUUUUGUUCCUUAUAUUUACAGUGCCUCACAUAGCUCCUGGCACACAAUGGGCAUUCAAAAAGUAUUUGUUAAAAUCAGGAAAGAAUGAAUAAAUUCACGACUGAAGCACCAUGACAAAUCAUUCCUAUGGAAUGCAUAAGGUUAGAUGCAACCCCUUUAUGGUGUGAUCUGAGGGGGCCCUCAAGGGUCUGCACGCUCACACACACCACUGAUUAGAAAUCCCCAUCAGGAAAAUUGUACAAUCAUCUAUUUGGUGAGGGCUUUGGGACACUGAAUGGGGGAAGAGAAACACAAAAGGUGAGCAAGCAGUUUUCAAAGGAUGCUUUCAACUCCCUGGCCAGCCCGCGUCUAUGUUUUCGUCUACAAAGUGUUUCCAAUUACUGUGGCACUCUCGGUAUCUGGAUCCAUCUCCAGUGAAUUCCUCUGCAGCUCCUGCCAGACAUAUGGGAUCAAUCAGGGCUUCGGCGCUGGUGCGCUUGCUGCGGGAAUGUUGACAGCCUGACAGACGCGGGGUUCUGGUGUCAUGGAAUCUCCGAGCCUUUGGCUUGAACCCGGGAGGAGAAUGAGAGGGGGAGGAGGGAGAUAGAGUCAGAGAUACAGAAAGGAGACAGGAGCGGGGAGAGGGAGAGAGGGAGAGAAGGAGGGAAGCGGGAGAUUUUUCUUGACUGCCCCCUUUCCUUCAAACAUUUUAUAGGCUUCAGGGAGAGAGAGGAGGAGGAGAGAGGGAAGAAAAAAAGAGGAGAGCGAGAGGGGUAGAGAGCGCGCGCUGUUCCCUCCGGAGUUUCCGAGCUGCUGAGGAGUCUGGAUUGUGUCUGUCCCCAGUGUCAGAUGAAAAGGCGCUGAGGCUCUUGGCCGCUGCCCCGCGCCCCGCUCCGCGCACGCCCCUCUGCGAGUCGGGCCGCAGGGCGCCUCUUCCCGCCGGAGCCGCCGCCUGCGCUCCGGGGCAGCCGCUCUGUCUCCAGCGCGAUGUGGCCUCGCCUGGCCUUUUGUUGCUGGGGUCUGGCGCUCGUUUCGGGCUGGGCGACCUUUCAGCAGAUGUCCCCGUCGCGCAAUUUCAGCUUCCGCCUCUUCCCCGAGACCGCGCCGGGGGCCCCCGGGAGUCUCCCAGCGCCGCCGGCUCCUGGCGACGAAGCGGCGGGGAGCAGAGUGGAGCGGCUGGGCCAGGCGUUCCGGCGACGCGUGCGGCGGCUGCGGGAGCUCAGCGAGCGCCUGGAGCUCGUCUUCCUGGUGGAUGAUUCGUCCAGCGUGGGCGAAGUCAACUUCCGCAGCGAGCUGAUGUUCGUCCGCAAGCUGCUAUCCGACUUCCCCGUGGUGCCCACGGCCACGCGCGUGGCCAUCGUGACCUUCUCGUCCAAGAACUACGUGGUGCCGCGCGUCGAUUACAUCUCCACCCGCCGCGCGCGCCAGCACAAGUGCGCGCUGCUCCUCCAAGAGAUCCCUGCCAUCUCCUACCGGGGUGGCGGCACCUACACCAAGGGCGCCUUCCAGCAAGCCGCGCAAAUUCUUCUUCAUGCUAGAGAAAACUCAACAAAAGUUGUAUUUCUCAUUACUGAUGGAUAUUCCAAUGGGGGAGACCCUAGACCAAUUGCGGCAUCACUGCGAGAUUCAGGAGUGGAGAUCUUCACUUUUGGCAUAUGGCAAGGGAACAUUCGAGAGCUGAAUGACAUGGCUUCCGCCCCAAAGGAGGAGCACUGUUACCUGCUACACAGUUUUGAAGAAUUUGAGGCUUUAGCUCGCCGAGCAUUGCAUGAAGAUUUACCUUCUGGGAGUUUUAUUCAAGAUGACAUGGUCCACUGCUCAUAUCUUUGUGACGAAGGCAAGGACUGCUGUGACCGAAUGGCAAGCUGCAAGUGUGGGACACACACAGGCCAUUUUGAGUGCAUCUGUGAAAAGGGGUAUUACGGGAAAGGUCUGCAGUAUGAAUGCACAGCUUGCCCCUCAGGGACAUACAAACCGGAAGGUUCACCAGGAGGAAUCAGCAGUUGCAUUCCAUGUCCUGAUGAAAAUCACACCUCUCCACCUGGAAGCACGUCCCCUGAAGACUGUGUCUGCAAAGAGGGAUAUAGGGCAUCUGGCCAGACCUGUGAACUUGUCCACUGCCCUGCCCUGAAGCCUCCUGAAAAUGGUUACUUUAUCCAAAACACUUGCAACAACCACUUCAAUGCAGCCUGUGGGGUCCGAUGUCACCCUGGAUUUGACCUUGUGGGAAGCAGCAUCAUCUUGUGUCUACCCAAUGGUUUGUGGUCCGGUUCAGAGAGCUACUGCAGAGUAAGAACAUGUCCUCAUCUCCGCCAGCCCAAACAUGGCCACAUGAGCUGUUCUACAAGGGAAAUGUUAUAUAAGACAACAUGUUUCAUUGCCUGUGAUGAAGGGUACAGACUAGAAGGCAAUGAUAAGCUUACUUGUCAAGGAAACAGCCAUUGGGAUGGGCCAGAACCCCGGUGUGUGGAGCGCCACUGCUCCACCUUUCAGACGCCCAAAGAUGUCAUCAUAUCCCCCCACAACUGUGGCAAGCAGCCAGCCAAAUUUGGGACAAUCUGCUAUGUAAGUUGCCACCAAGGGUUCAUUUUAUCUGGAAUCAAAGAAAUGCUGAGAUGUACCACUUCUGGAAAAUGGAAUGUCGGAGUUCAGACAGCUGUGUGUAAAGAUGUGGAGGCUCCCCAAAUCACCUGUCCUAAGGACAUAGAGGCUAAGACUCUGGAACAGCAAGAUUCUGCCAAUGUUACCUGGCAGAUUCCAACAGCUAAAGACAACUCUGGUGAAAAGGUGUCAAUCCACGUUCAUCCAGCUUUCACCCCACCUUACCUUUUCCCAAUUGGAGAUGUUGCUAUCGUAUACACAGCAACUGACCUAUCCGGCAACCAAGCCAGCUGCGUUUUCCAUAUCAAGGUUAUUGAUGUAGAACCACCUGUCAUAGACUGGUGCAGAUCUCCACCUCCCAUCCAGGUCUCAGAGAAGGUGUAUGCUGCAAGCUGGGAUGAGCCUCAAUUCUCAGACAACUCAGGGGCUGAAUUGGUCAUUACCAGAAGUCAUACACAAGGAGACCUUUUCCCUCAAGGGGAGACUAUAGUACAGUACACAGCUACUGACCCCUCAGGCAAUAACAGGACAUGUGAUAUCCAUAUUGUCAUAAAAGGUUCUCCCUGUGAAAUUCCAUUCACACCUAUAAAUGGGGAUUUUAUAUGUGCUCAAGAUAGUACUGGAGUCAACUGUACAUUAACUUGCUUGGAGGGCUAUGAUUUUACAGAAGGGUCUACUGACAAGUAUUAUUGUGCUUAUGAAGAUGGUGUCUGGAAACCAACAUAUACCACUGAAUGGCCAGACUGUGCCAAAAAACGUUUUGCAAACCACGGGUUCAAGUCCUUUGAGAUGUUCUACAAAGCAGCACGUUGUGAUGACACAGAUCUGAUGAAGAAGUUUUCUGAAGCAUUUGAGACUACCUUGGGAAAAAUGGUCCCAUCAUUUUGUAGUGAUGCAGAGGACAUUGAUUGCAGACUGGAGGAGAACCUGACCAAAAAAUAUUGCCUAGAAUAUAAUUAUGACUAUGAAAAUGGCUUUGCAAUUGGACCAGGUGGCUGGGGUGCAGCUAAUAGGCUGGAUUACUCUUACGAUGACUUCUUGGACACUAUGCAAGAAACACCAACAAGCAUUGGCAAUGCCAGGUCUUCACGGAUUAAAAGAAGUGCCCCAUUAUCUGACUAUAAAAUUAAGUUAAUUUUUAAUAUCACAGCUAGUGUGCCAUUACCCGAUGAAAGAAAUGAUACCCUUGAAUGGGAAAAUCAGCAACGACUCCUUCAGACAUUGGAAACUAUCACAAAUAAACUGAAAAGGACUCUCAGUAAAGACCCCAUGUAUUCCUUUCAGCUUGCAUCAGAAAUACUUAUAGCUGACAGCAAUUCAUUAGAAACAAAAAAGGCUUCCCCCUUCUGCAGACCAGGCUCAGUGCUGAGAGGGCGUAUGUGUGUCAAUUGCCCUUUGGGAACCUAUUAUUCUCUGGAACAUUUCACCUGUGAAAGCUGCCGGAUCGGAUCCUAUCAAGACGAAGAAGGGCAACUUGAGUGCAAGCCUUGCCCCUCUGGGAUGUACACAGAAUAUAUCCAUUCAAGAAACAUCUCUGAUUGUAAAGCUCAGUGUAAACAAGGCACCUACUCAUACAGCGGACUUGAGACUUGUGAAUCGUGUCCACUGGGCACUUACCAGCCAAAAUUUGGUUCCCGGAGCUGCCUCUCAUGUCCAGAAAACACCUCAACCGUGAAAAGAGGAGCCGUGAACAUUUCUUCAUGUGGAGUUCCUUGUCCAGAAGGAAAAUUCUCACGUUCUGGGUUAAUGCCCUGUCAUCCAUGUCCUCGCGACUAUUACCAACCUGAUGCAGGGAAGGCCUUCUGCCUGGCCUGUCCCUUUUAUGGAACUACCCCGUUUGCUGGUUCCAGAUCCAUCACAGAAUGUUCAAGUUUCAGUUCAACUUUCUCAGCAGCAGAGGAAAGUGUGGUUCCCCCUGCCUCUCUUGGACAUAUUAAAAAGAGACAUGAAAUCAGCAGUCAGGUUUUCCAUGAAUGCUUCUUAAACCCUUGCCACAAUAGUGGAACCUGCCAACAACUUGGGCGUGGUUAUGUUUGUCUCUGUCCACUUGGAUAUACAGGCUUAAAGUGUGAAACAGACAUCGAUGAGUGCAGCCCACUGCCUUGCCUCAACAAUGGAGUUUGUAAAGACCUAGUUGGGGAAUUCAUUUGUGAGUGCCCAUCAGGUUACACAGGUCUGCGGUGUGAAGAAAAUAUAAAUGAGUGUAGCUCCAGUCCUUGUUUAAAUAAAGGAAUCUGUGUUGAUGGUGUGGCUGGCUAUCGUUGCACAUGUGUGAAAGGAUAUGUAGGCCUGCAUUGUGAAACAGAAGUCAAUGAAUGCCAGUCAAACCCAUGCUUAAAUAAUGCAGUCUGUGAAGACCAGGUUGGGGGAUUCUUGUGCAAAUGCCCACCUGGAUUUUUGGGUACCCGAUGUGGAAAGAACGUGGAUGAGUGUCUCAGUCGGCCAUGCAAAAAUGGAGCUACCUGUAAAGACGGUGCCAAUAGCUUCAGAUGCCUAUGUGCAGCCGGCUUCACAGGUUCACACUGUGAAUUGAACAUCAAUGAAUGUCAGUCUAACCCAUGUAGAAAUCAGGCCACCUGUGUGGAUGAAUUAAAUUCAUACAGUUGUAAAUGUCAACCAGGAUUUUCAGGCAACAGGUGUGAAACAGAACAGUCUACAGGCUUUAACCUGGAUUUUGAAGUUUCUGGCAUCUAUGGAUACGUCAUGCUAGAUGGUGUGCUCCCAUCUCUCCAUGCUCUAACCUGUACCUUCUGGAUGAAAUCCUCUGAUGACAUGAACUAUGGAACACCAAUCUCCUAUGCAGUUGAUAAUGGCAGCGACAAUACUUUGCUCCUGACUGAUUAUAAUGGCUGGGUUCUUUAUGUGAAUGGCAAGGAAAAGAUAACAAAUUGUCCCUCAGUGAAUGAUGGCAGAUGGCAUCAUAUUGCAAUCACUUGGACAAGUGCCAAUGGCGUCUGGAAAGUCUACAUCGAUGGGAAAUUAUCUGACGGUGGUACUGGCCUCUCUGUUGGUUUGCCCAUACCUGGUGGUGGUGCAUUAGUUCUGGGGCAAGAGCAAGACAAAAAAGGAGAGGGAUUCAGCCCAGCUGAGUCUUUUGUGGGCUCCAUAAGCCAACUCAACCUCUGGGACUAUGUCCUGUCUCCACAGCAGGUGAAGUCACUGGCUACCUCCUGCCCAGAGGAACUCAGUAGAGGAAACGUGUUAGCAUGGCCCGAUUUCUUGUCGGGAAUUAUGGGGAAAGUGAAGAUCGAUUCAAAGAGCAUAUUUUGUUCUGAUUGCCCACGCUUAGGAGGGUCAGUGCCUCAUCUGAGAACUGCAUCAGAAGAUUUAAAGCCAGGUUCCAAAAUCAGUCUGUUCUGUGAUCCAGGCUUCCAGCUGGUCGGGAACCCUGUGCAGUACUGUCUGAAUCAAGGACAGUGGACACAACCACUUCCUCACUGUGAACGCAUUAGCUGUGGGGUGCCACCUCCUUUGGAGAAUGGCUUCCAUUCAGCUGAUGACUUUUAUGCUGGCAGCACAGUAACCUACCAGUGCAACAAUGGCUACUAUCUAUUGGGUGAUUCAAGGAUGUUCUGUACAGAUAAUGGGAGCUGGAACGGCGUUUCACCAUCCUGCCUUGAUGUCGAUGAGUGUGCAGUUGGAUCAGAUUGUAGUGAACAUGCUUCUUGCCUGAAUAUAGAUGGAUCCUACAUAUGUUCAUGUAUUCCACCGUACACAGGAGAUGGGAAAAACUGUGCAGAACCUAUAAAAUGUAAGGCUCCAGGAAAUCCAGAAAAUGGCUACUCCUCAGGUGACAUUUAUACAGUAGGUGCCGAAGUCACAUUUUCGUGUCAGGAAGGAUACCAGUUGAUGGGAGUAACCAAAAUCACAUGUUUGGAGUCUGGAGAAUGGAAUCAUCUAAUACCAUAUUGUAAAGCUGUUUCCUGUGGUAAACCGGCUAUUCCAGAAAAUGGUUGCAUUGAGGAGUUAGCAUUUACCUUUGGCAGCAAAGUGACAUAUAGGUGUAAUAAAGGAUAUACUCUGGCUGGUGAUAAGGAAUCAUCCUGUCUUGCUAACGGUUCUUGGAGUCAUUCCUCUCCUGUGUGUGAACCAGUGAAGUGUUCUAGUCCAGAAAACAUAAAUAAUGGAAAAUAUGUUUUGAGUGGGCUCACCUACCUUUCUACUGCAUCAUAUUCAUGCGAUACAGGAUACAGCUUACAGGGCCCUUCCAUUAUUGAAUGCAUGGCUUCUGGCAUCUGGGACAGAGCGCCACCUGCCUGUCACCUUGUCUUCUGUGGAGAGCCGCCUGCCAUCAAAGAUGCUGUCAUUACGGGGAGUAACUUCACUUUCAAGAACACCGUCACUUACACUUGCAAAGAAGGCUAUACUCUUGCUGGUCCUGACACCAUUGAAUGCCUGGCCAACGGCAAGUGGAGUAGAAGUGACCAGCAGUGCCUAGCUGUCUCCUGUGAUGAGCCACCCAACGUGGACCAUGCCUCUCCAGAGACUGCCCAUCGGCUCUUUGGAGACAUUGCAUUCUACUACUGCUCUGAUGGUUACAGCCUAGCAGACAAUUCCCAGCUUCUCUGCAAUGCCCAGGGCAAGUGGGUGCCGCCAGAGGGUCAAGACAUGCCCCGUUGUAUAGCUCAUUUCUGUGAAAAACCUCCAUCAGUUUCCUAUAGCAUCUUGGAAUCUGUGAGCAAAGCAAAAUUUGCAGCUGGCUCAGUUGUGAGCUUUAAAUGCUUGGAAGGCUUUGUACUGAACACCUCAGCAAAGAUUGAAUGUAUGAGAGGUGGGCAGUGGAACCCUUCCCCCAUGUCCAUCCAGUGCAUCCCUGUGCGGUGUGGAGAGCCACCAGGCAUCAUGAAUGGCUAUGCAAGUGGAUCAAACUACAGUUUUGGAGCCAUGGUGGCUUAUAGCUGCAACAAGGGGUUCUACAUCAAAGGGGAAAAGAAGAGCACCUGUGAAGCCACAGGGCAGUGGAGUAGUCCUAUACCGACAUGCCACCCGGUAUCUUGCGGUGAACCACCUAAGAUUGAGAAUGGCUUUCUGGAGAAUACAACUGGCAGGAUCUUUGAGAGUGAAGUGAGGUAUCAGUGUAACCCGGGCUAUAAGUCAAUUGGAAGUCCUGUAUUUGUCUGCCAAGCCAAUCGCCACUGGCACAGCGAAUCCCCUCUGAUGUGCAUUCCUCUCGACUGUGGAAAACCUCCCCCCAUCCAGAAUGGCUUCAUGAAAGGAGAAAUUUUUGAAGUAGGGUCCAAGGUUCAGUUUUUCUGUAAUGAGGGUUAUGAGCUUGUUGGGGACAGUUCUUGGACAUGUCAGAAAUCUGGCAAAUGGGAUAAGAAGCUAAACCCAAAGUGUGUGCCUGCCAAGUGCCCAGAGCCACCCCUCUUGGAAAACCAGCUAGUAUUGAAGGAGUUGACCACUGAGGUAGGAGUCGUGACAUUUUCCUGUAAAGAAGGGCAUGUCCUGCAAGGUCCCUCUGUCCUGAAAUGCUUGCCAUCCCAGCAAUGGAAUGACUCUUUCCCUGUUUGUAAGAUGGUUCUUUGCACCCCACCUCCCCUAAUUUCCUUUGGUGUCCCUGUUCCUUCGUCUGCUCUUCAUUUUGGAAGUACUGUCAAGUAUUCUUGUGUAGGUGGGUUUUUCCUAAGAGGAAAUUCUACCACCCUCUGCCAACCUGAUGGCACCUGGAGCUCUCCACUGCCAGAAUGUGUUCCAGUAGAAUGUCCCCAACCUGAGGAAAUCGCCAAUGGAAUCAUUGAUGUGCAAGGCCUUGCCUAUCUCAGCACAGCUCUCUAUACCUGCAAGCCAGGCUUUGAAUUGGUGGGAAAUACCACCACCCUUUGUGGAGAAAAUGGUCACUGGCUUGGAGGAAAACCAACAUGUAAACCCAUUGAAUGCCUGAAACCCAAGGAGAUUUUGAAUGGCAAAUUCUCUUACACAAACCUACACUAUGGACAGACCGUUACUUACUCUUGCAACCGAGGCUUUCAGCUCGAAGGUCCCAGUGCCUUGACCUGUUUAGAGACAGGUGAUUGGGAUGUAGAUGCCCCGUCUUGCAAUGCCAUCCACUGUGAUUCCCCACAACCCAUUGAAAAUGGUUUUGUAGAAGGUGCAGAUUACAGCUAUGGUGCCAUGAUCAUCUACAGUUGCUUCCCUGGGUUUCAGGUGGCGGGUCAUGCCAUGCAGACCUGUGAAGAGUCAGGAUGGUCAAGUUCCAUCCCAACAUGUGUGCCCAUAGACUGUGGCCUCCCUCCUCAUAUAGAUUUUGGAGACUGUACUAAAGUCAAAGAUGACCAGGGAUAUUUUGAGCAAGAAGACGACAUGAUGGAAGUUCCAUACCUGACUCCUCAACCUCCUUAUCAAUUGGGAGCAGUGGCUAAAACCUGGGAAAAUACAAAGGAGUCUCUUGCUACACAUUCAUCAAACUUUCUGUAUGGCACCAUGGUUUCAUACACCUGUAAUCCAGGAUAUGAACUUCUGGGGAACCCCGUGCUGAUCUGCCAGGAAGAUGGAACUUGGAAUGGCAGUGCACCUUCCUGCAUUUCAAUUGACUGUGACUUGCCUAUUGCUCCUGAAAAUGGCUUUUUGCGUUUUACAGAGAGUAGCAUGGGAAGUGCUGUGCAGUAUAGCUGUAAACCUGGACACAUUCUAGUGGGCUCCAACUUAAGGCUUUGUCUACAGAACAGAGAGUGGAGUGGUGCUUCCCCACGCUGUGAAGCCAUUUCAUGCAAAAAGCCAAAUCCAAUCAUGAAUGGAUCCAUCAAAGGAAGCAACUAUACAUACCUGAGCAUGUUGUACUAUGAGUGUGACCCCGGAUAUGUGCUGAAUGGCACCGAGAGGAGAAUAUGCCAGGAUGACAAAAACUGGGAUGAAGAUGAGCCCAUUUGCAUUCCCGUGGACUGUGGUUCACCCCCAGUCUUAGCCAAUGGCCAGGUAAGAGGAGACGAGUACACAUUCCAAAAAGAGAUUGAAUACACUUGCAAUGAAGGGUUCUUGCUUGAGGGAGCCAGGAGUCAGGUUUGUCUUGCCAAUGGAAGUUGGAGUGGAGCCACUCCUGACUGUGUACCUGUCAGAUGUGCCACCCCACCACAACUGGCCAAUGGGGUGAUGGAAGGCCUGGACUAUGGCUUCAUGAAGGAAGUGGCAUUCCACUGUCAUGAGGGCUACAUGUUGCACGGUGCUUCAAAACUCACCUGUCAGUCAGAUGGCAACUGGGAUGCAGAGGUUCCUCUCUGUAAACCAGUCAACAACUGCGGACCUCCUGAAGAUCUUGCCCAUGGCUUCCCAAAUGGUUUUUCCUUUAUUCAUGGGGGCCAUAUACAGUAUCAGUGCUUUCCUGGUUAUAAGCUUCAUGGAAAUUCGUCAAGAGGGUGCCUUUCCAAUGGCUCCUGGAGUGGCAGCUCACCUUCCUGCCUGCCUUGCAGGUGUUCCACACCAGUAAUUGAAUAUGGAACUGUCAAUGGGACAGAUUUUGACUGUGGAAAGGCAGCCCGGAUUCAGUGCUUCAAAGGCUUCAAGCUCCUAGGACUUUCUGAAAUCACCUGUGAAGCCAAUGGCCAGUGGAGCUCUGGGUUCCCCCACUGUGAACACACUUCUUGUGGUUCUCUUCCACUGAUACCAAAUGCGUUCAUCAGUGAGAGCAGCUCUUGGAAGGAAAAUGUGAUAACUUACAGCUGCAGGUCUGGAUAUGUCAUACAAGGCAGUUCAGAUCUGAUUUGCACAGAGAAAGGGGUAUGGAGCCAGCCUUAUCCAGUCUGUGAGCCCUUGUCCUGUGGGCCCCCACCGUCUGUCGCCAACGCAGUAGCAACUGGAGAGGCACACACCUAUGAAAGUAAAGUGAAACUCAGAUGUCUGGAAGGUUAUACGAUGGAUACAGACAUAGAUACAUUCACCUGUCAGAAAGAUGGUCGCUGGUUCCCUGACAGAAUCUCCUGCAGUCCUAAAAAAUGUCCUCUGCCGGAAAACAUCACACAUAUACUUGUUCAUGGGGACGAUUUCAGUGUGAAUAGGCAAGUUUCUGUGUCAUGUGCAGAAGGGUAUACCUUUGAGGGAGUUAACAUAUCAGUAUGUCAGCUUGAUGGAACCUGGGAGCCACCAUUUUCUGAUGAAUCUUGCAGUCCAGUUUCUUGUGGGAAACCGGAAAGUCCAGAACAUGGAUUUGUGAUUGGCAGUAAAUACACCUUUGAAAGCACAAUUAUUUAUCAGUGUGAGCCUGGCUAUGAACUAGAGGGGAACAGGGAACGUGUCUGCCAGGAGAACAGACAGUGGAGUGGAGGGGUGGCAAUAUGCAAAGAGACCAGGUGUGAAGCUCCACUUGAAUUUCUCAAUGGGAAAGCUGACAUUGAAAACACGACGACUGGACCGAACGUGGUAUAUUCCUGCAACAGAGGCUACAGUCUUGAAGGGCUAUCUGAGGCACACUGCACAGAAAAUGGAACCUGGAGCCACCCAGUCCCUCUCUGCAAACCAAAUCCAUGCCCUGUUCCUUUUGUGAUUCCUGAGAAUGCUCUGCUGUCUGAAAAGGAGUUUUAUGUUGAUCAGAAUGUGUCCAUCAAAUGUAGGGAAGGCUUUCUGCUGCAGGGUCAAGGCAUCAUUACCUGCAACCCUGACGAGACGUGGACACAGACAAGCGCCAAAUGUGAAAAAAUCUCGUGUGGUCCACCAGCUCACGUAGAAAAUGCAAUUGCUCGAGGCGUACAUUAUCAAUACGGAGACAUGAUCACCUACUCAUGUUACAGUGGAUACAUGUUGGAGGGUUCCCUAAGGAGUGUUUGUUUAGAAAAUGGAACAUGGACAUCACCUCCUAUUUGCAGAGCCGUCUGUCGAUUCCCAUGUCAGAAUGGGGGCAUCUGCCAACGCCCAAAUGCUUGUUCCUGUCCAGAGGGCUGGAUGGGGCGCCUCUGUGAAGAACCAAUCUGCAUUCUUCCCUGUCUGAACGGAGGUCGCUGUGUGGCCCCUUACCAGUGUGACUGCCCGCCUGGCUGGACGGGGUCUCGCUGUCAUAUAGCUGUUUGCCAGUCUCCCUGCUUAAAUGGUGGAAAAUGUGUAAGACCAAACCGAUGUCAUUGUCUUUCUUCUUGGACGGGACAUAACUGCUCCAGGAAAAGGAGGACUGGGUUUUAACCACUGCACGACCAGCUGGCUCUCCCAAAAGCAGGAUCAUCUCUCCUUGGUAGUUCCUGGGCAUCCUGGAACUUAUGCAAAGAAAGUCCAACAUGGUGCUGGGUCUUGUUUAGUAAACUUGUUACUUGGGGUUACUUUUUUAAUUUUGUGAUAUAUUUUGUUAUUCCUUGUGACAUACUUUCUUACGUGUUUUCCAUUUUUAAAUAUGCCUGUAUUUUCUAUAUAAAAAUUAUAUUAAAGAGAUGCUGCUCUACCCUCACAAAAUGUACAUAUUCUGCUGUCUAUUGGGAAAGUUCCUGGUACACGUUUUUAUUCAGUUACUUAAAAUGAUUUUUCAAUUAAAAUAUAUUUUGCUACUAAAUAAUAUUUUGCUGGAUAGUACCAUUUUAUGAGGUGGCCAAGGGAUUCAUAGAGAGGACUCAUGAUCUUUCAUCUGUGCCACGGGCACCACAUGGGAGAACCCUUACAAUAAAGGAGACUCCUUCAUUCUGGUUCCAUCUUCUUUACAAUAUGUGUAAUAAAAAAAGUUUUUUCUUUCACUGAAUCAGACAGUAACUGUUGGACCUAGUACUCGCCACCACAUAAUUAUGUCCUGGUACUUAGGGUAGCCUGGCUAAUUCUUUUCUCAACAUUUGAAAAGCCGUAGGCAUUAACUUCGUGGAUGUGGAGAAACAGCAUAAUGACAUUGGUUCACAAUGAAAGUGCUAGCCUUCUUUCUCAUGGCUGGAAUAAGAAAUGCAAGAACUGGAAGAUUAACAGAGAGCUGAUACCUGGACUGGUAAUGCCACAACUCACUAUUUUGGGAGAAAGGAGGUAGGAAGGGGAAGACAGGGAAAGAGAAGGAAAAAGGCAAAUGGGAAACGUCCCCCAGAGCUGUACUCCUGGUCCCACCUGCAAAAGAGAAUUGCAGCCACCUAAGAGAAAGCUGAGCUGCCCCUCAGUCCUUACUGUCACCUACCUCUAUCACAAUACUUGUACCAAGAUGAAGACUUCCCCAGACUUCAGAAAAUAAACUCAAACCCUAGAUUUUGUUUUAAAAUAGGAAACUCAAUCAACUUGCCUCCAUCCUCUGGGAAAACUGCUCCCACACAGGCCUUGGAGUGUGUUGUAGCACCAUGGAGGAAUGCAGAAAGAUGAAAAAGAUUUUGAUUCUCCUAGUGGUUCUCUUCACUACCAUAGGCAUCCCUCAGCCAUUGACUCCUCCUUCUUUCUCUUGACAUUCACUUUCUUGACCAGUCUUACACGCUUAUGAGUCUGCCUUCCAAUAAAUUUACUCAUAGUCCA